AUGUGCGUGGCGUGUGCCACGGAGCGUGCGGGGCUGCACUGGAAGGGGUGUGUGAUUGGGGCGGCGGCAGCGUCUGUGGCAGUGGCAGGGGCUUAUGGCAAGAGCGAGAGGGAGAGAGAAAGAGAGAGAGAGAGAGAGAGAUGGAGAGAGAGAGAGAGGCUGCGACAGCAUCGCCUUGAGGGAAGCUCAAAAGGACGGCGCAGAAGAAGGAUUAGAGCAAGGUCUAGAGGUAAAUCUAAGGAAGGUCUAGAGGAAGCUAUAAAACAAGGUUUAGAGGAAGGUCUAGAGAAAUGCCUAGAGGAAGGUCUAGAGGAAGAUCCAGAGGAAGGUCUAGUGGAAGUAUCAGAGAAAGGUCUAGAACUGGGGCUGAAGGAAGUUCUAGAGAAAAGUCUUGAGAAAGAUCUAAAGAAAGGUUUGGACGAAGGUCCACAGGAAGCUCUAGAGAAACGUUUAGUUCAAAGGCUAGAGGAAAGUGUAGAGGAAGGACCAGAGAAAUAUUCAGAGGAACGUCUAGAUAAUGGUCUAGAGGAUGGUUUAGAGGAAGGAAGUAUUAGAGAAAGGUCUAGAACUGGAGGAAGGUCUAGAGAAAGUGUUAGAGAAAAGUCUAGAGAAAGGUCUAGAGGAAGAUCUAGAGAAAGGUUUAGACGAAGGUCUAAAGGUCUAGUGGAAGGUCUAGUGGAAGGUCUAGAGGAAAGUCCAGAGAAGGAUAUAGUGGAAGGUCUAGUGGAAGGUCUAAAGGAAGGUUUAGAAAAAUGUCUAGAGGAGAGUCGGACAACCGUCUAA